UCAGAUAUGUUUCUCUCAAAAGUUUUCUCCUGUUUGCUUGCCAUUUUUUAAUUUACCCAAACAUUUUUGGCAAAAUACAGCUAAAAUUAUUUUAAAGUUUUAGCUCCUUAACAGAAGGGGGUUUUGGACAUUUCUAGAGUCCUGCUAAGAACACAAACAAAAUAUAGUUCCAGUGAGUAUUUCCACUGUUCAGGAAAGAAACUUUUUCAGAGACUGUCUCUGUUCCCACAUAUGUCUUCUCAAGCAGUACUGCUGUGAAGUAACUAUUUGACAAAUGGGUACAUGAAAUGAGGAAUAUUAGAUAUCUAGAAUAUUAGCUGUUACACUGAACAAGUAAUGUCCCCGUCCAGGGGAAAAGUGUAGCCUAUGUAAACAAACCCAAGCUUAGAAUUCAAUUUGCAGCAGUAUAGGACACAGCUGCCACAUACCUACAGCCCAAGAAGAAUGGUUUUGCAGCUUUCCAGUGUAAGCUAUACUGCUGUUAGCCCCUGGGCUAGGGCUGCGUUAGAGGACUUGCAUAUACCUCUGCAACCUGCCGUUACCCCUGCACUGCCCUUCUGCAGUUACAGGGAAUCAAACUUCAGCACCAUGCAGAGGGACACCAGGCAGAUACCGACUAUAUGGUAAUUUUAAAUUAUACGACCAGCCAAGAGCACUGGAGUAUUAUCUCCUGCUACCAUCUUUAAAGAUGUAUGUAGCAGCGAUCCCAUAAAUCACAUAGCAGCAGGUUUUCUCUUUAGCAGGUAAACUAGUUGGAGGAAAAUAAAGUUCUAAAUUACGUCAAUGAAUACUCAUCAGAGAAACCAAGCAGCAUGUCAUCUGUUAGGAAUAAUCAUAAUAAAUAAAGAGCAUUCUUGGCAGGAACUGACAAUAUACUGAAUUAAGGAUAAUAAGCAGUAAUUACUCAUCUGGACUUCAGAAAAGCCUUUUAUUGCCUUUUGAACUCACUUUGUCCAAGACUAAAACAGGAGAGGAUCAAUUAUAUUCUUUUGUAGAACAGAAAACUUUUAAGAGAAGAAAAUGAAAAAUAUUAACAGCUGCAGAUCAAUGUGGUAAAAAAAAUAAAAUUUAUCAUUUCUUUAAGGAAAUGUCUUGGAACUGAGAGAAUUAAUGGGCUUAUUAAACUUCUGAAAGAAAAAAAGGAACAAAAAAGUUGAUAAAACUAGUAAAUUACAAUCUUUUUUGUGUUAGCUCUACAUACAAUGCUGCCAUACUUCAUAAGAGCCCAACACAACUAGAAAAUUAUGCAACAUUGUCAAGUGUUAUCUAACCAUAUUGGAAGUAAUCAACGGAGUUACUUGGGAAAUCGAUAAAUAGCCAAUGAAGUGCAACAGUUGAGCAAAAAAGCCUGACUCUUGAUGUCAGCCUGGACUGUCCAAUAUGCACAUCUGUCCAGUGGACAACUUUGCGCUUAUCUCCACAGAAACACAAUCUCUCUUCCCAAGACUCCACUCACUAUGACCAUCAUGUUGAGGUAAUGCCUGAGUGACCUCUCAGUCUCAAGACACCAUAUCAAGGGUGUCUUGCCACAGGGUCUCUGUCUUCAGAAAAAUAUACAUAAUGACCACCAUCACACAAUCAAAGCUUUUUUAUCUUCUGAAAUACAGCAUAUGCUGAGUAAAACAGCUGCCAUUACAAAACUGUGAAAUGCAGGAGUGCUGCUGAUGCUCUGGAUCCAGCAGCACAUCCCCAUACCACUACAAGACCAUACUGGCCUGAAAUGUGGCACACACCAGCCAUCUCUGCACUUUGGUUUUCACAGUAAGGAACCCAGACGCCUGGCUGCAGCCAGUGUAUUGCAGCAGUUGCUCCAGACAAGCAGGAGGCCAAGGUCCUAGAUCACAUCCCAGAGAGUAUGCACAGACACUGCUAGAAGAGUUGAUCUGUGAAACCUAAUGCUGCUAUUGACUUCUUUGGAGUCAACGGAACAACAGAAAGUAGAGACCACUGGCUCUCAAGAGACUCAGAUUAGCCCCAAGGAAGGGUGGCAAGUUUAUAGUUCAGCCCAGGAUCCUGAUGGCCGUUGCAUUUGCACUGUUGUUGCACCUGAACAAAACUUAUGUUCAAGAGAUGCCAAAAGCAGGCAGCUCAGACAACUACUAGAAAAGGUUCAGAAUAUGUCCCAGUCUAUUGAAGUUUUAAAUCUACGGACUCAGAGGGAUUUCCAAUAUGUUUUAAAAAUGGAAACACAAAUGAAAGGGCUGAAGGCCAAGUUUCGGCAAAUUGAAGACGAUCGGAAGACAUUAAUGACAAAGCAUUUUCAAGAGUUGAAAGAAAAGAUGGAUGAGCUUCUGCCACUGAUCCCAGUUCUGGAACAAUACAAAACUGAUGCCAAAUUAAUCACCCAGUUCAAGGAGGAAAUUAGGAAUCUGUCUACUGUCCUCACUGGGAUUCAGGAAGAAAUUGGUGCUUAUGACUAUGAGGAACUACACCAGCGUGUACUCAGUUUAGAAACGAGGCUUCGAGACUGCAUGAAAAAGCUCACGUGUGGCAAAUUGAUGAAAAUUACAGGCCCCAUUACAGUCAAGAUAUCUGGAACCCGAUUUGGAGCCUGGAUGACAGAUCCAUUAGCAUCAGAGAAAAAUAACAGAGUCUGGUACAUGGAUAGUUACACUAACAAUAAAAUUGUCCGUGAAUAUAAAUCAAUUGCAGACUUUGUCAGUGGGGCUGAAUCAAGGACAUACAACCUUCCGUUCAAAUGGGCAGGAACCAACCAUGUUGUCUACAACGGCUCCCUCUAUUUCAACAAGUAUCAGAGCAACAUUAUCAUCAAAUACAGCUUUGACACUGGGCGGGUGCUUGCACAGCGUAGCCUUGAGUAUGCUGGCUUUCACAAUGUCUACCCUUACACCUGGGGUGGCUUUUCUGAUAUUGACCUGAUGGCAGAUGAAAUUGGGCUAUGGGCUGUGUAUGCCACCAACCAGAAUGCAGGCAAUAUUGUCAUCAGCCAGCUAAACCAGGAUACACUGGAGGUGCUGAAGAGCUGGAGCACAGGCUACCCAAAGAGAAGUGCUGGAGAAUCCUUCAUGAUCUGUGGCACCUUGUAUGUUACUAACUCUCACUUAACAGGAGCCAAGGUCUACUAUUCUUAUUCCACAAAAACCUCCACUUACGAGUAUACAGACAUUCCUUUCCAUAAUCAGUAUUUUCAUAUAUCCAUGCUUGACUACAAUGCAAGAGAUAGAGCUCUCUAUGCCUGGAAUAAUGGACAUCAAGUCCUGUUUAACGUCACCCUUUUCCACGUCAUUAAAACUGAAGAUGACACAUAAUUUUCUUUCCCUUCCCGUUCCCUCACCUCCCUCCCUCAAAGCAGUGUCAUUUGUGAUAAACUCUAAAAGUAUCCAUCUCUAUCAGUUCUUUUUAAUUUACUUUUCUUUUUUCAUUAAGGAAAAGCAACAUUUUCUACCAUAUAAUGCAUUUCAAAUACAGCUGAGCCUGUCAAAAAUUACCUGUUGGAAAUAAAAGCAUCUUAACUCACGAUCUUAUAAGGUCUGUCAAGACCUUGUCUUGAAAAGCACUAAAGAGGAUUUAAGUGGCUAAAGACAGUUUUUAAAAGAUUAUGAUCUGCCUUAUUUCAGAGUCAGAGACUAAUGGUGGCUUAAAUGCAUGAAUGUCUUUUUUUACCUCAUUUUUGUUUUUAAUCUAUUGCUCAACUUCAGGAAAUAUUUUGGUAGUGUCAGACAUAUUGCACAUUGUAUUUUUUUAUUUAUUCCAAAAGAAAGAUUCAGGAGUUUAAUUUACUUGGACAUGGAGUAUGAUUCAUUUUGCCAUCACCCAAUUUCAGAUGUGGUGCUGUACAGUAUGUUUUUAAAUCUCUUGCAAACAUUUUAUCGACAGUAUGUAUUUCUACCAUUGUAACCACCAUUGUGCAAUUGUAUCUCUUCACUUACGUGAAAGUAAACUAAGUACUAUUUUUUAUAAAAUAUGUUGAAGCUUAA